UUUAUCUUCUUUCUUUGGUUGAUCCUUGGACCGCCUUCAGCGUGGUCUUGUUGGCUGAAAAUAGAAACCCGGACACUUGGCGAUGACAGCAACCCCGAGGCUCGCCAUCUUACCAUGUCUAGCGACGGCGCACAUCGACGUAGGUAUAUAAAAAAUACACCAAGUAUCUUAGGCAUUCACCAACGUUUUUCUCGAAAUCAUGGGCCAAGCCUUCUCUGUGCCUUGCCAAAUCGAAAUAGCCGCGCCGCCAGCGACUGUUCGGUCUGUUUUCUUGGAUUUUCCCCGAUAUAAGGAGUGGCAAGAAGCAUGGACUAUCGAGCCCGUCGACUCGGGCAAGAAUCUGUCCGAAAUUGACACAGGCGACAGCCUCAGAGUUUCCAUGCAUGGAAUGGUGUUUCACCCAAUAGUAAUGGACAACUGCACUGAGUAUUUCGUUUGGGAAGGGUCGUUAUUCGGCCUCUUUUCUGUCAGGUUCACACCUAGCGAAGAGAACCCGGGAGGUACUACGUUUAUUCAAACUGAAGUUUUCAGGGGCCCCCUAACGGCCAUGGUCCCCGAAGGAUCGAGCGCACGAAAAGGACCUUCAAAAGGUUGGGAUAUGUUCAACAUGGCGCUUAAAAAGGAGUGUGAGAGAAUUAUUUCUGGCACUUAAACCCCAAGUUCUGCAGGCCAUGCUUUCAAGAUUUCUUUCCGCCAAUAUCUCUCUAUGCCUAAUACUAUAUACUGCGCUACGUCACCGAUAUUCGGUUAACAAAAUAGGAGGGUCACAGGGCAGAGUGAUGUUACCGCGCAGCGCUGCCAAAUACAUGACGUGUUCCUCCAGCGAAGCCUCGCAGCAGA